GCGGGCCUCGCGGGCAAGCCGGCAGCAUGGACAGCGUCUUCGUGGAGGAGGUGGCCGCCUCUCUGGUCAGGGAGUUCCUCAGCAGGAAGGGCUUAAAGAGGACAUGUGUGACCAUGGACCAGGAACGCCCACGCUCUGAUCUCAGCAUAAACAGCAGAAAUGAUCUUCGCAAGGUUUUGCAUCUUGAAUUUCUCUACAAGGAGAACAAGGCAAAGGAAAAUCCUCUAAAAACAAACCUUGAACUCAUUACCAGAUACUUUCUUGAUCACUUUGAAAAUACUGCUAACAGUUUCACUCAAGAAACUACAAUCCCUGCACUCUCGGUUCCGAAGAAAAAUAACAAAUUGCCGUUGAAGUGCUCAGAGACGACGCUGGUAAAUAUUUAUGACCUGUCAGAUGAAGAUGCAAGAUGGAGAACAUCAUUGUCAGAAACAAGCAAAGCCAGACAUGACAGUCUUGAUGGGGAUGUACUUGGUAAUUUUGUAUCAUCCAAAAGUUUCCCGCACAAAAGUAAGCCCAUGCAGACGGUCCCUGGGGAAGGCCUCUUCGUGGCUUCUGCGUGGGAGAAGAUGGAAAAGCUUCACUCGUUGGAGCCUUCCUUGGAUGUGAAGAGGACAGGAGAGAAGACCAGGCCAAAGUCUGGCUUGAUUGUGCGAGGCAUGAUGGCCGGGCCCAUCGCCAGUUCCCCACAGGAUUCUUCCUGCAAGCGCUCUCUGAGGCGGUCCCCAGCCCUGAGCAGCACCACCCAAGCCCAGGAUGAGGACAGCCGGAAGGGGCCCGAGCUCCCUGCACAUACCCCAGCCUGUCCAGCCCCACAGCAGGGUCUGGCUUUGAGCGAUGGCUCCACCACCAGGAACCCCCUGGGCCAGCUUAACGAACUGACCAUGGAAAUGCAUAAAACCACUCCAGGCAGCACUCCCCACCUGGCCAGUAAAUGGCUGCCCCAGCAUGAUAGGGCCAGGUGGCAAGAUCUUUCAGAGGACUGCCCAGCAGUGGAUGGCAGCACAGAUGUGGACAGGAUGCCCUUCAAAUUCUACUUGCCUGGUGGGAAUUCCAGGAUGUCCCAGCAGAGGCUGGAAAGAGCGUUCAAACGGCAGGGUAGCCAGCCCCCACCUCUCAGGAAUAACCAGUUGGCAUCUAAUAAUGCGGACGAUGAGCUGGGUGCCCUGCAGCUUGAGGAUGUGGAGGAUGAAUUGAUAAGGGAAGAAGUCGUCCUGUCCCCAGUCCCAUCAAUGCCCAAGCUGCAAAUAGCAUCAAAGCCAAUCGACCUCUCAGUAGCAAAGGAAAUAAAGACCCUUCUGUUUGGUUCAACCUUUUGCUGUUUCAAUGAAGAAUGGAAACUUCAGAGUUUUUCCUUUAAUGACAUACCCUCGUUAAAAUAUGGCAUUGUGCAGAAAAAGGGUGGCCCCUGUGGGGUUCUGGCAGCGGUGCAAGGCUGUGUCCUACAGAAACUUCUGUUUGAAGGAGAUAGCAGAGCUGACUGUGCUCGGCAGCUGCAGCCUUCAGAUGCCCGCAGGACCCGCUGCCUUGCCCUAGCCAUCGCAGACAUCGUGUGGCGGGCUGGGGGUCGAGAGAGAGCUGUGGUCGCAUUGGCUUCGGGAACACAGCAGUUCUGUCCAACAGGGAAAUACAAAGCAGAUGGCGUCUUAGAAACACUUACACUCCACAGUGUGACCUGCCAUGAGGACCUGGUGACUUUUCUUCAGCAAAGCAUUCAUCAGUUCGAGGCGGGUCCCUACGGAUGCAUCCUGCUCACCUUGUCUGCCAUCCUGUCCAGGUCCAUGGAGUGCAUCCGUCAGGACUUCGAUGUCCCCACCAGCCACCUGAUUGGAGCCCAUGGAUACUGCACACAGGAACUUGUCAAUCUGCUCUUGACGGGGAAAGCCGUGUCCAAUGUUUUCAACGACGUAGUUGAGCUGGAUUCUGGGGACGGGAACAUCAUGUUUCUUAGAGGCAUUGCUGCACGCAGUGAUGUCGGCUUCUUAUCUCUGUUCGAGCACUACAGCAUGUGCCAGGUCGGCUGCUUCCUGAAGACCCCGAGGUUCCCCAUCUGGGUGGUGUGCAGUGAGAGCCACUUCAGCAUCCUCUUCAGCCUGCAGCCGGAGCUCCUGCGAGACUGGAAAACCGAGAGGCUCUUUGACCUGUACUACUACGAUGGCCUGGCCAACCAGCAGGAGCAGAUCCGGCUGACCAUCGAUACCACCCAGAGCAUCCCUGAAGACAAAGAUAAUGACCUUGUCCCACCCCUCGAGCUCUGCAUCAGAACCAAGUGGAAGGGGGCAUCUGUAAACUGGAAUGGCUCAGACCCCAUCCUGUGACUCUUGGAUGUGGGUAAGCCUAUGGCUCCACCAUUCAUCAUGGGGGUGACAGCUGAACCCCAAGCCUCAGGGCAAGUCUCCGAGGACCGUGUCACCCCCACCUGGGCCAGCGCUGCUGCAGAAGCAUCCAGAGCCUCCCUGCCCUUUCCAUGAAGGGCCUGCCUCAACCAUGAUGGGGGCCCGUGUGCUGCUGUGGUUCCCUGCCAGCUAGCUGAGACUGCCAAGGACCAAAAGGAGGCCACUGGGGUCUCUGCUGCCUUUUGUUGUGCUUUUCCCUUGCUCCCCCUCACCAAGGCCUCUGAUGGUGUGGGCCUGAGGGGCCCUGGGCACUUGUUAUUUUUGCUGGUUGGCUUUCUAUAAAGAAAGAGUCAAACCCA